AUGAAGGUGUUCCGUAGGAAGGCGCUAGUGCUGUGCGCGGGCUAUGCGCUGCUGCUUGUGCUCACCAUGCUCAACCUCCUGGACUACAAGUGGCACAAGGAGCCGCUACAGCAGUGCAAUACUAAUGGACAGCUAGGUGCUGCGGCAGGGGUGGCUGGGGACGGCUGGGGGCACCCAAGACCUCCUCAAGCUGUGUCGCGUCGUGAACACACCCACUUGGAUCCCCGCAUCCCGUACCACUCCCCCGCUGCAGCCGAGGCUGGGGCAGUAGCCUCUUCCCGCAAUAGCACUCGCAGUGCCAGGGGCAGUGAGAUCAAACGGCAGUUGGUCUACGUGUUUACCACAUGGCGCUCAGGCUCGUCCUUCUUCGGGGAGCUCUUUAACCAAAAUCCCGAGGUAUUCUUCCUGUAUGAGCCAGUGUGGCACGUGUGGCAAAAACUGUAUCCGGGGGACGCCGUGUCUCUGCAAGGGGCAGCGCGGGACAUGCUGAGCGCUCUCUAUCGCUGUGACCUCUCAGUCUUCCAGCUGUACAGCCCCGCUGGCAGCGGGGGGCGCAACCUCACCACACUGGGCAUUUUUGGCGCUGCCACCAAUAAAGUCGUGUGCUCUUCGCCGCUCUGCCCUGCCUAUCGAAAAGAGGUCGUGGGGCUGGUGGACGAUCGUGUGUGCAAGAAGUGUCCUCCACAACGCUUGGCUCGCUUUGAGGAAGAGUGCCGCAAGUACCACACGCUCGUCAUCAAGGGUGUGCGUGUCUUCGAUGUGGCCGUGUUGGCGCCGCUACUUCGCGACCCGGCCCUGGACCUCAAGGUCAUCCACUUGGUGCGUGAUCCUCGUGCUGUGGCCAGCUCACGCAUCCGCUCGCGCCACGGUCUCAUCCGUGAGAACCUCCAGGUGGUACGCAGCCGGGACCCGAGAGCCCAUCGCAUGCCAUUCCUGGAGGCUGCUGGCCACAAGCUGGGUGCCAAGAAGGAGGGUGUGGGUGGCCCAGCAGACUACCAUGCUCUUGGCGCUAUGGAGGUCAUCUGCAACAGCAUAGCCAAGACACUGCAGACAGCCCUGCAGCCCCCUGACUGGCUACAAGGCCACUAUCUAGUGGUGCGGUACGAGGACCUGGUUGGAGAUCCCGUCAAGACCCUACGGAGGGUGUACGACUUUGUGGGACUACUGGUGAGCCCUGAAAUGGAGCAGUUUGCCUUGAACAUGACCAGCGGUUCGGGCUCCUCCUCCAAGCCUUUUGUGGUGUCUGCCCGCAACGCCACACAGGCAGCUAACGCAUGGCGGACUGCCCUCACCUUUCAGCAGAUUAAACAAGUGGAGGAAUUUUGCUAUCAGCCUAUGUCUGUGCUGGGCUAUCAGAGGGUGAAUAGCCCUGAGGAAGUCAAAGACCUCAGCAAAACCCUGCUCCGAAAGCCCCGACUUUGA